UCAACUACUUUUGCAAACCAUGAAUUCCUAACGGUUACUCAACAAGUGCAGCAAUUGUUCCCAAACGAUCGAACGGCCUAUCUGGAUCAAUCCCACGAAUCAUUAAAUUCCCUCGAUAUCUUCCAUUAGAACAAGAUGUGUGUAGAGCAAGAAGUUCGUUGUACUGGCUGCAACGAAUCAAGCACUAGCGUUUACAUCUGUUCAAGACUCAAGAGAUGGCAGAGAAGUCACAAGAAGAUAAUCAGCCACAGACGAUGCGGAGAUUUCAGUAUAUCUCUGCCAAGGAAGCAAACUAGUCUUGCUCACAUGGAUUGUCCCAUUGUAAGUGAGACUUUUCAAACUGCCUAGUUGGAUUGAAGUGAUGAAUUUGGAGUAGCAAUACUGUUGCUACCAAGACUCAUACGGAGACAAUGCUGACUUUAAGAUUUUGCUAGCGACCUGAACAAGAGUAUACCGAUUAUCAUAAUGAGGAAGCUUUCAUGUAUGAUUACGCUCCUCGAUGUCCUAGUCCUAUACAGACAUAUCGGACAUAUCCGCCGCCAUAUUCGGUGCCCUAUCCAUACUAUCCUUCAUGGUGUGUAUGAAUAGGAGGAGCUUGUGGAAAAUACUGUUCCGAUUUUUCCGUCAAGUGAGGACAGCAAUACCAGGGCCUUGAGGAGGUUUGCAUGAAAGAAAGAAAACACGACAUCGAGCGCUGGCGAUGUGGGAAUGAUCGCAUUGAAUCCUGGUUUCGUUUUUUGAGAGCUGGCUCUCUUCAAUGAUGGACAGGAUAUGCGACAUGGUAAAAUGGGUGGAAUUAGUGUUGCGCAUUAAGUUAUUGGCUGAUGCCCAAAUGAUCUGUACUUUUCUUGGGUUGAAAAGUUAUAAUGGUCGUGGUGAUUGAAAGAGAAUCAGGAUUAGAAGAAAACGGGGUUGGUGAUGUUGGUGAUGUUGGUUGAUGGGGUUGAAGGGGUUGAUGGGGUUGAUGGGGUUGAUGGG